CUGUAUCUUCCCAUCUUCUCGCCCUUGCCCUGCCCUGCUAUAGCUUCACUUUGCCAUCUCUAGUCUUGUUUCUUCUCUCUUUAUCUUCUAUCUCAUCUUCUUCUCCUCUUCACCAUGCCUUCCUCUUCUCUUACCACUGCCCCCUCCUCUACCUCUACCUCCUCCUCCUCUUCUUCUUCAUCAUCCUCUUCGUCCUCUCCCAUUCCUCCCCCUCCUCCUCUCCUUCCUAAUCCUCGAUAUACUCUUCCCCCUACUCCUCCAUACACUCCUCCCCCUUCUCCUUCAUACACUCCCCUUUCCACUGCCCCCUCCGCAUCUUCCUUCACUCCUCACUUCCUUCCUCUUACUCCUCUUCCAUUCUCUGCCCUAUCUUCUCCUCCAUCCACGCCUCCGUCCUCACCUCCCUACUAUCCCCUCUCCUCCUCUCCCUCCUCUUCCUCCUGUUCUUCCUUUUCUCCUCCCUGCUCUCCUCUCUCCUCCUCUCCUGCACUGCCCCCUCUCCUCCCCCCGUCUCCUCUCCCUCCUCCUCACCCUCCUUUUCUCCCUCCUCCUCUCCCUCCUCCUCUCCCUCCCCCUCUCCCUCCUUAUCUCCUUCCUCGCCUCCCCUCCUCCGAUUCCUGUAUAAGAGUUGAAGAGGCAGUGGGCAGGGAUUGGGUGGGCAUCGACGUGAGUAUGGGCAGAAUACAGUACUAGUUGGGAUGAUGGCUAACCACGAAUCUAGCUUCAGCAAAUCGACAAACCCGCCAAUCGACAAACACGCCAGUCGUUGGCAGUGGGAAAAACUCAACAUGCAUCAAAUGCAUUAUAAACCCCUUUGGUGUAAGUCAUCGGAUAAGGGAUGGUCCAGAACAUAGCUGACCUCGAGAAUAGCCUUCAACAAUAUACAGCCUUCAACUUCGGCUGCGG